AUGGCAAUCUUCCCAUUGCACGCAGUGGGGCCACAUAUUCUUAUGGCUGUACAUGUCGAUGGCACAGUGGCGUUAUGGCACACCCUACGGCGGCUUUUGAUGGAAACUGCUAGCGUGCGAAAGGCCUUUCCAACAGGAAGAGGAGAGAUGAGCUUAGCAAGCACGGCGAUUGAUAACACAAACCGGCGUUUUGUGUUUGCCGACGAUCGCGGUAAUAUUCACGUUUGCAGCCUUCAGUUAGAGGCGGUGCAUGAUAAGGACUCCCUGCGACCGGCGCGUGUUCCUCAGUCACAAAGCCGCACAGGGAGACCGAUGGCAGACUGGCCUGGUACUCCCUUCAGCAGCCCCGUCUUUGCCGGUAGCUCCUUGAGGGCGGAGGCCCAAAAGGAAGCGAAAGUCGCUGAACAAACCAAUAAGAAGCAGCAACCAGACGGGGCGGAGCAGGAGGUGGAUGAGGAGAAAACUCCUUAUAUAUUUAAAAGAUUCUGUCAAGAUCACGUGUUUCAUUGCGGCUUUUCCUCUGUGUCAGGGGUUUGCAUUGUCGAUGCAAAAACAAUGCGCGCUUCCGGAGCAGUCGCAGCAACAUCUACAAGCGCAGUUUCGGCUUCACCCAAGUCCAACGGAGAGGCGGGGAGGCAGGCACGUGCGUCCUGGACGGAAGGGGUAGCAGGAUCCCCUCUUACUGAAAGGUGUGGUGAAACGUUGGCUGUCAAUCUGUCCGAAACCCCCAAAUCACCCUUAGGCUCGGAAGACGUGAUUGUGGUGUCAUCUGGCUCCGACAACUUUACACGAGUGUUUACCCUUGACGGGAUGUCUAUUGGGGAAUGUGGCAUGAACACCUGGGUGCUGGGCAAAGAGUCAACGUAUGAGUUCCUUGGCGUAAAACCGACAAAGCGACUUCCGGCACACAACAGUUGCGUAGAAUCAGUUGACUUUCUUCAGGGAACGCCGUCAGAGGAAAAGACUUCUCUAGUGGGCCCUCGAGGGGCGCGUUUGAUACGUACUACGUUAAGAGCAGGCAAACCUCAUGGAGAAUUGCUCUCAACGAGUGAUUUUUCCGUGUGCCGCUCCAUGGCAGACACGCAGGAGCCCGGCGCCUUCUCCACUACGCAAAAUGCUACUGCUACUGCGCCACCGGAGGUCAAUCAAGUGGAAUUCCUUACGAUGCAGCCGCUGGGUGCAGAGUUGCGGGAGUGGGCGGAAGUGAGACAGCCACCAGCACAAUCCCAGGAAUGCCCGAGACCGCGAUUUCUUCCACAGGCAAAGGCAGCCUUACCUGAUGAAGCCGUCACGCUCUCCACACACAUUCGCUCACGACGCUUGAGAGAGGGAUAUCUUUAUGGCCUCGUCAAGAAUGAAUUUAUUCCUAAAUUGCGUGGAUUGCCUUCGAGCGACACUGAGGAGGAUUCAUCAGUGUCUAGGGCUCAGCCCGGUACGGCAAAGAGCCCCAAAUUCGGUGUACGGGUUGAGCAAUCGAGUGAAUCGUCGUUAGCUGUUUCUGGUGUCUGUAGCCCCAAUAGUGAGAAUGCUAACAACAAGCGUACGAGUUCCGUGAAUGCUGUGGCGGUUGACAGUAAUUUGCCAGAAGAGGUGUCGACGUCUCUGGCGUCACGAAGUCACGCCCCACCUGUUUUCGUUCCAGGAGGAACUUCCUCGCAUCCCGGUCGAGCAGCAAAGACGCAGGCGGGAACAGUCGCAUGGAAGUGGGAAUCACAUGCAACAAACGACAAGGAGGCGUUACAGCCUCGUGCCUCAUCCGCCGCUCGACAGAGUGUUGCAUUCACCAACACGACACCCUCUCUGGAGGAGGAGUGUCGGCGACAGGACCUUAUUCAGGAGCACCUGGAGGCCCAAAGACGCAUGCUGCUCUCACUUGGACGCGCCGACCCCGUCCUUGAAGCUUUGGUGCCCCGCAGCAGCCCAGUGCACAGCAGUGGUGCCUUCUCCGAAGCCGGGAAAAUGGGGACUGGCACCCAGCUCUCAGCAACGCGGCGGACUAAUACCGUUGACAUGAUGGAGACGAGGGACCGAAUUGCACGGAUCACGUCACGGUUGCGGUUGUCUCCUAUAGCGCCAAUACCACCUCCGUCAGGAAUUGGCCCGCGCGAAGAUGCCUCCUCAUUGAGGGAUGGAAAGAAGGACACACACCGUACUACUCGCCUUUGA